AUGUCUGUGACAAGUAAGAAUAAUGAUCAAACGAUUGAGGAUACAGCGCAAAGUUGUCUGAUGCUGUUAUCAAGAGUAGGAGAAUGUAGCGGAGGAGAAGAUCAGAGACGUGUUUUCAGAUGCAAGACGUGUAUGAAGGAGUUCUCAUCGUACCAGGCUUUGGGAGGCCACCGUGCAAAGCACAAGAAGCCCAUAAACGAGACCGAUGAUCAGUCAUCUUCACUCUCUAAGAAGCCUAAAACAACGACACAUUCUUGUCCGCUAUGUGGCCUCAAGUUUCCUAUAGGGCAAGCUCUUGGGGGUCACAUGACGAAGCAUAGGAACCAAAACGACUCCAGCACGUUGGUUACACAUUCCGUUAAUAAGAUCGAGGAGUCCGUCUUUGGUACUGAGAUAGAUAAUAGAAUAGAGCACCCACAAAAAAGUGAACCAGUGAAUCUUCAGUUCGAUCUCUUUGGGAUCAGUGCUUGGCCUAGUGAUGGCACAACUAGUCACGUCAAGAGUAUAGAUGAGUGUGAGUCAAGAGCUUAUGUUACUGAAAUAAGAAGCUACAAAGAGCUUAAAGAGGAGCAUUCGGUACAUGGGAGCGAUGAAGAUGAAGAAGUCUAUGAUGAAGAUCUCAGUGAUAACAAUGACGAAUGUAACCGUGAAGAGGUUGGAUCAGUGGAUGAGGAAUCCAUAAAGACAGAUGAUGAGUAA